AUGAUUGGCAGAAUAAGAAGCUCUACACCCGCAGGCAUCAAUCUGAGAACAGACUUUUUCGACGAUAUCUUUGUGCCAUUUGAGGAGUUACCAGAGGGUGCUGAAUACAACCACAGCGAACAACUCUGGAUCUGGAAUCUCGACGAGGAUCGACUCUUCUAUGAUAACCAUGAGAUGGUUCGCUUUCAAGUGAUCGAUGAGGAGUGGCAUGACCAAGCCCCUGCUGGACCAACACAAGCCGAAGACUCACCUUUGAAAACUCCGUACCGCAUCAAGGCCAGUAUGGCAGCUGAAGGAUUAGGCGUAUGCCUCUGGUGGGAUGGAGCAUAG